CUCGGGUCCCGCCGGUGAACCAUUGGUCGGGUUGGAGGUGAGAGGUGAUGCCCACCGAAAGGGAGGAUCCUGCCUCCAGGGGUUUUGUGCUUUCCAUUUAACCAUUUAAUAUAUGAUUAACAUAUAUUUCUUUUAGUCGAUUUGAGAGAGAGAGACAUUGGUUGGCCGCUGCCACGCCCACCAUGUGCCUUUGGGUGCACAGCGCACAGGACGAUGCCCAGCCGUCCAGGGGCGCCUCCCGUUGUCCGUUUCCCGAAGUAGUCGUGUUAACCUGCUGUCUCCUUGUUUUUGGAGCCUUUUGGUUCUCACUCUCAGGCUUGGGCGGACACGGUGACCGAGACCAGAGAAGCCCUCGGAGACCAUUGGAGGACCUGGGCCAGCCUGAGCUGCACCCAGUGGCAGGGAGACAUCUUCAGCUGUCUUAACGCGGACAUUCGGGAAUUUUGAUGUGGCGCAAACGCCCCCAUCAAGCCUCCUCCCAGGAUCACUAUCAGGGCAGCUUCAUCAGGAUGAGCCUCCCGGCCCCGCGCAGACUCCUGGAGCUGGCCUGCCAGAGCCUGCUGAAGGACGAGGCCUCGGCCAUCGCUGCUCUGGAGUUGCUGCCCAGGGAGCUCUUCCCGCCACUGUUCAUGGCGGCCUUUGCCGGGAAGCACAGCACGGUCCUGAAGAUGAUGGUGCAGGCCUGGCCCUUCCCCUGCCUGCCGCUGGGGGCCCUGAUGAAGGAUCGGCAGCCGGACCACGAGAUUUUCCAGGCUGCGCUCGAUGGGCUCGAUGCCCUGCUUGCCCGGGAGACUCGCCCCAGGAGAUGGAAGCUGCAGCUGCUGAAUUUACAGAAGAAAGUUCACCAGGAGUUCUGGACCGUGUGGUCCGGAACCAGAGCCGACGUGUGCUCGCUGCUGGAGCCGGAGGCCCCCCUGCCCAUGAGGAAGAGAGGGAAAGGGCACAGUCCCGGGGCGGGGCCGAGUCCACCCGUGGCCCCCGUGCAGGUGUUCGUAGACCUUUGCCUCAAGGAAGGGAUCCCUGAUGAGUCCCUCAGCUACCUCAUCAAGAAAGUCACCGAGCGGAGAGGUUCGCUGCACCUGUGCUGUAAGAAGCUGAAGGUCUUCGCCGUGUCCAAGCAAAACAUGAACAUCCUCAGCAUGGUGCAGCUCGACUCUGUCCAGGAUCUGGAACUGAAUUGUACCUGGAAGCUGUCCACGCUGAAGAAGUUCGCUCCGUACCUGGGCCAGAUGGGCAACCUGCGCCGCUUCCUCCUCUCCCACAUCCUUACGUCUUCUCGCACCACCUUGGAGCAGGAGGAGCAGUGCAUUGGCCAGGUCACCGCCCAGUUCCGCAGCCUGCCCUGCCUCCAGGAGCUCUGUCUGGACUCUGUCUCCUUCCUCAAAGGCCGCCUGGACCAGAUCCUCAGGUGCCUGAAGAGCCCCUUGCAGACCCUGUCCAUCACUAACUGCCUGUUUUUAGAAAGAGACCUGAGACACCUGUCCCGGCACCUGAACGUCAGCCAGCUGAAAGGCCUGAGUUUCAACGGGCUCAACCUGACCCAUAUCAGGUCGGGGCCGCUCCAAGUUCUGAUAGAGAAAGCCUCCCUCACCCUCCAGGCCCUGGAGUUGGAUGAGUGUGGGAUCUUGGACCCCCAGUUCAUGGACAUCCUGUCGGCCCUGAGCCACUGCUCCCAGCUGAAGACCCUGAGCUUCUGUGAAAACCCCAUCUCCAUGACGGUCCUGGAGGACCUGCUGCGCCACACCGUCGGGCUGAGCAAGCUGACCCGCGUGCUGUACGCUGCGCCCCUGGAGAGUUACGAGGAAUCCAGUGGCACCCUCCACCUGGGCAAACUUGCCCAGGUGCAUGCCGUGCUGAAGCAAUUGCUGCAGAAGUUGGGGCGGCCCGACAUGAUCUGGCUCUGUGCCAGCCCCUGUCCUCGCUGUGGCGAUAGAACCUUCUAUGACCCAGAGCCCAUUCUGUGUCCCUGUUAUGUGUCUGUCUAGCUGGGUGCACAUCUCACAGGCUUUAUUCUGGGCACUCGGACACUGAAGCCCAGACAUAAGUGUAUCUUAAAGGAACACAGCAGCCUCAGUUUCAGACUACUCAGUGUGGGGGGAAAUGUUGACAGGGGGAGCUAAUAGUUUCUUUGGGGAGAUAUGUUAGACAUACGAAUCUGUAUCUCUAGCGGGGAGGGAUUCCGAUUUGGGAAGUACAUGUGGGAGUUACCUUUGUUUGAAUGGUUGUGAAGAAAUGUCAGUAAUAAAGGGAACCUGAGUGUUAA